CAACAGAUUUACAGCGUACCCACUGCUGCUGGGCGGAUUUUAUUUUGCUCUCGAUUUUCAUCAUUUUGUGUAGAAGAAUCGACUUUCUCGCAUCGCAUCGAAGCUGAACUUUCGCUGUAGCAAAAGAAGAAUCGACUUUCUCGCAUCGCAUCGAAGCUGAACGUCGGCUGUAUCUAAAGGCACAGGACGAGUAGGAACAAGGCGCGAGCAGAGGUGUUUUGGAACGACCAUAUAAAGUACAAGCCGAUCUAAUAUCAUAAGACCCUAAAGAUGCAGCUGAGUAAGACCCUGAGUUUGGUUUCCAUGGCAGCGGUGAUGUCAGCGUCCUUCUGUCUGAUCGUCAGCGUGCAUCAAGAGCCGUGGGGUCCUGGGGACGAGACGCGGGGCCCUGGGAACGUGCUGGACUGCUCCAACCACUUCGUGCUACAGAGGGUCACAGAUACAACUCACGGCAGAUAUUACCAAGACAAAGACCUUAUCGUGAGUGACGUCACGCGCCUACGGACUGUUCCACUACCCAAGCCCGUGGGGGUGUCUCAGGGCCAGCCAGCUGACGUCCAGUAUUUCUGGUCCGAUGACGUCAGAGCAGCGACACGCUCACAACCGCAAAGGCUUACGGGACAGAUGUGACGUAAUCGUCCGACCAAAGAGAAAGCUGUAUCCAGUAUCUAUGAAGGGGGCCCAGUGUGGGGAAAGGAAGUGUCUUUCCUAACAUAUCAGUUACAGAAUAUACUUUCAGUAACUGAUAAAAAAUGAUAGAUGUAACAUAGCAAAUGCUAUCUGUAACGCCUGUCACUUGAGUGAUGUAUCCAGUUGCUUGUUUUUUUGUUUCUGUAUUACGUUCUAUUCAAGAGGUGCUCAAAAUCUUUAUAUAUAGGUUAUACUUGUUUUUAGACUCAUUCUCAGUUACUGUUGACAAAUAGCAGAUGCUUUCUGAAACAUCUGACUCUUCUAAGAUUUUAUCCAGUUCCUUGAUGUAUUUUGUUAAUAUUAAGUUAUAUUCUACCUGGGUGUCUGACCUUCAUCCAAAAUUUCUGUUUAUGAUAUGUCAUGAAAUCAUAUGGUUUUGUCAUUGCUUAUUCUUGAUAUUUCACCUUAUGCACUUUCUGUACUUUGAUUUACAUGUAAUGAUGCUUAUUCUUAGUUCGUCGUUGUCAAUAGGUUUGCUGAUUUUGUUUCUUUUGUAUUUUUGUUACGUUGCAAUAAUUUCUUUGACAAUGGGACACUGAGCCUUGAAACGUGAAUAAAGUGAUGAUUAGCUUA